AUGGUGGUGAUAGAAGAGCUAAUUACAAUGGAUCGUUUUCUAACACACAUUCGUCCUCAAUCUUUAUUUUUACUUUCUCCAACACGUCGACUAUCCUCCUUUAAACCAAAUCCAUUUGAUUUAAAAGCACGUAUUGUCGGACGUAAAACACUUCGUGCUUUACUGGAUCUUGUCGAUCAAUUAGAUGGUUCUAAUUUAACAGCACAAGAAAAUUUAACAGUUCCACCUUUAGUUGUUGAUACAACAAACCCAUCACUGAGAGACCCUAAUCCACGUUUUCUAUUACCUGGACGUAUUGGACCAGAUCGUGCAUUGAAUCCUACUCCUCGUAAACCAAUACCGAAACUGGAUCCAAAAUUAUACGGUACCGAUGAUUCAAUCGCUCAAUUAAUGGGCGCACACAUGAAAUUAUCAUCACCAACAAACAAGAAUGAAUUUCUUUCGAGUUUGAUCACCAAUGAUAACUUAGAAAUUCGAGCAUUUGAUUGUCCAGCAUUAUUACGUUAUGAAUUACAUCGUUUAUUUUUGAAUUAUAAUGUUUUAAUGCAACCAUUAACAGCAAUAACAAUCAUAUUGAAGACAGAAUCUGAUAUGUCGGCAUGGUCGCCGAAAAUUGAAGAAGAACGAGAUGAAUUAAUUGGUCAGUUUAUCAAACUAGCACAUGAAAUGUGUGCUUAUCUUGGUACAAAACAAUACUGGGCUGAUUUCAUUGAUCCAUCGAGCGGUCGACCUUAUUAUGGUCCACAUACACCAGAUACAUUAUUUGAAACUGAUGAACGUUUUCGUUACUUUGGUGUCAAUAUCGUUGAUUUAGGUUGCUGUCGUGUUGUCGAACAUUUACAACAUGGCACACACGUCUUUGUUGGCUGUGUAUUUACUAGUGCAUUAAAGAGUGAUCCAGACGUUCAACAUAUUCUCAAAGAAUUUGUUGUUCCAUCAGGCAAAAGUUCAACAGUUGACGAAAGCAACGACAGUGAUUCCGUUUUGAAAACAGUCAAUUGA